UUUUGAGACAACUUUUAAUUAUUUUAAAAACUUUUCUGAUUAUUUUCUCUUUCCAGAUUUUUUUGUAAAAAGAAUGAGACAGCAACAACAACAAUCAACAUUAUUUGCUGGUACUUCCUCUAUUAAAAUUAUUAAUACAAAUCCUUUGGGUAUUCUUUCAUCAUCCUCCUCUCCUCCCAAUCCCAACAAAACCUUCACAACCACCAUUACAUUUAUUAAUUCACUAUCUUGGCAAACAUCAUAUUUAUUAAAUUUAUUUUUUAAAAUGUUUAAAACUUCCGGUAUCCGACUAAUAAGACUGCGGCCAUUUAUUUUGCUAAUUUUUUUGGCAUGUAGUGUUUGUUUAUCUUCUGCAUGCUCUGUUUGUGAACAAAAAGCCUUUGAAGAGUACAAAAGGUUACGUCAAGAACAGAUUCUAAAAGAUUUACUAAAAAAAUUGGAAUUGCCUGCCAAACCCAAUGUAACAGUCGACUACAAUUCCUUAAAAUUCAUUGCCCCACACAAUCAACGAAUACAAGCAUUAAUUGAACAAAGCCGUCGAGAACAUAACCAAGAACAUCGCCGAGUGCGUAAAUCCAUCCAGCAGUGGCGCAGACGAAAUUCGGACGAAGACGGAGUUUUUGAAGAUGGUGUUGAUUACUUUCCGGCACUUUACGAGACAGAACGAGAACAGCCUUUACAAACAAGUUAUGUUUUGGCAGAGGGGGCGCCUGAAUGGUUUGAUCAGAAUCUCCAAGCAGCCGUGUUCAGAUUCGGGGCAGAUUUACGUAAAAAGUUUGUCACAUCAGCACGUCUAAAUAUUUUCCUUCGACGACCAGAACAAUUCGAAUAUGGACAAAUAACUACAAGACUUAACAUAUAUCAACGAUUUCCUAAUGGAACGCUCGGUCCAAAACUUAUCAGUAAACAUUUGGAACUCGAUUUUGGAGAGGCAACAGAAUUUGAACAAGUAGAAUUAAUGUUGGAUGUUUUGCCAGUUCAGGAAUGGAUAGAAAAUGGCCCUCAAUUUGAACAACAAAAAUUUUAUUCAGAUUUUGAUAACGAAAAUAUUCCGAGUUCUAUAGCACUUUAUGUUGAGGCUAUUUAUGAAGGAGAAAAUUUAGUUCAAUAUCCACUUUUGCCUAAUAAUGAGGAAAAUGAAGAUGAGAAUCAAAAAUAUUCUGCUUAUUCCUCCCCCUCUCGAAUGUUCUUUGAAUUGGAAUUAACUAAUCUAAAAAGUGGACGUUCCCGUCGAAAUGCAAAUACUUGCAAACCUGGCUCUAACAACACAAAAUGUUGUUUAUACGAUUUGGUUAUAGAUUUUGAGAAAAUUGGAUGGGGAUUUGUUAUUGCACCUAAAAGAUAUAAUGCUUAUGUUUGUAGCGGAGAAUGUGCCAGAAUGGCCAAUAGUCCAUCUAUGGGACGAUUUCAAGCUGCUGCAGCUGCCAAAAUAGAUCAUUUUCAAUGUUGUCACCCGAAAGAAUAUAACGGAAUUACUAUUCUUUUUGUGCAAGAAAACAAUAAUGUAUUAAUCCGUCAAAUACCAAAUAUGGUGGCCAAAGAUUGUGGUUGUCAAUAA